GUGCUGCAGGGCCAAAGCUCUCCUGGUGACCUGCUUCUUGUUAACUGAAGGAGAGAAAAAGUCAGUCACUCACAAAGAGGAAGGAAGAGAGCUCGACUGGACUGAGUGAACAAGUGCUCACCAAGGGCUGCAAUGGGACAGACGUCUUUUCUGCUCUUGCUGAUCUCACUGCUGUGCUGCAGGACCGAAGGAGCUCGUCUGACUGUGAGUCCCAGCAGCUCUCAGCUGUUUAAAGACGAGUCUGUCUCUCUGAGCUGUGAGGACGACAGCUCUGCUGGAUGGACGCUGAGGAGGAACACAACCAGAGAAACCAGGACUCAGUGUGACGACUGGGGAAAACCUGCUGGUUCUUCCUGUAAGAUCAGCCACGUCCUCCCAUUGGACAGUGGAGUUUACUGGUGUGAGUCCAGAGAGGGAGCAACCAGUAACACCAUCAGCAUCACUGUCACUGGUGGACCAGUGAUCCUGCAGAGUCCUGUCCUCCCUGUGAUGGAGGGACAUGAUGUCACUCUGCACUGUAAACCACAGACCCCUCCCUCCAACCUCACAGCUGCUUUCUAUAAAGAUGGCUCCCUCAUCAGCACUGAGCCUACAGGUCACAUGACCAUCCACCAUGUUUCCAAGUCUGAUGAAGGCCUCUACAAGUGUCACAGCAGCCGUCACGGAGAGUCUCCACCCAGCUGGAUCUCUGUCUCAGGGAAACCCACCACUACACGUCCUCCGACAUCCACCUCCACCUCUGCUCCCCCCCCGUCACCAUCAGCUCCUCUUCUCUUUUUGAUGUGGUCUGUUCCAUCUUUCUGUGUUCUGGUUCUACUGGUUCCACUGGUUCUACUGUUGAGAUGGUGUGUUCGGAGGAAACAUAAAGCUGCUGAAGAUGACAUCACAGAUGACAUCACAGAUGACAUCAAAAUAUCCCGUCACCAACAACAGCCAAUCAGACGAAGCAGAGAGUUUCCAGCAGAGCCAGAGGUCGUCUACUCGUCACUGAGGUCGACCUUCACACCUUCACACCAGUCCGAGCGCUGACGUCCAGCUGGCCUGUAACUGGUCCCCAGAGCCCCUCACACCUCAGUGCAUCCAUGUGUUUUACUUCUCAUUCUUAAAUGUUGAAGCUAAAUUAGACUCAUGCAGCUUCAUAGACGAAAAGGUCAAAUGUAGAGCAUGUUUUAUGUUUUUAGUGAAAUAUCAGUGAAAUAAAAAAACUAAAACUAAAGAUUUAAAUAAAUAGUUAAUUAUUUUUUAAGUCACUCAGUUUUUUCCCUCAAAGUGUUUCAGUACAGUGCACAACACCAACAUGUUACCUGUUUGGUUGCACUUUUAUUCUUAUAUUUCUAUUAAUCAGAAUCUAAUGAUAACUUCCAGUUGUUUUGUGGUUUAUAUAUUAACUAACUUUACUGUUGUUGAUAUUUAUUCAUGUUUUUGGACUCUUGUUGCCGCAGCAGUGAAUGUGUUUCUCUGCAGGAUCAAUAAACUUUGGUCUCAUUCUUGUUUUA